AUGUUUAUUGUAAAGAAAAAGGUUUUCUCCGAAUGCAAAGUCUGCUUGCAGGCUGCCGAUCACCAGAACCGAAUUGAUGCAGUCGUCUGUUUGCUCAUUCUGAGCCGCGAUCCUGACUAUCAAAAACGCCUAGCAGAAGAGGGCGUUUUGUCACUCUUAGUGCGCGAAGCCGCUAUUCAAGAAGACCGUCCCUCCCCAGCUCUACCCGUGGAUGCCAGUACAGUUGGUGCCCUCAAAUGUCUUUCCAAUGUGAUCUUCAAGAAUCCAGACGUCAUUAAGUACCUGAGAAAGCGGGGCUGUCUGGAAGCCCUGGUGAGCCGCUGCGAGGCCCAGAUGGAAGACGAUUCCACCAAUCUGGAAGUCAUGCUAUUCGACCUGAAGGUCCUUUUCCUCUGUUCAGCCCUGGACUCCUUGGCUCGACUGGACCUCCUGAUUACGUACUUCGUGUGCGAUGUGUUCGUCAAUCUCCUCCGGUGGACAGUGGACGCGGACUUCUCUGCGCGCCCCCAGAUGCCCGAUGUGUUGGUUGAAUUGCUAAAGCUUCUUUUCAAUAUGAGCUACGCUAAAAAAGAACAGGAAUAUGACCAAGACCGGUACGAAUCAACGUACCAGGCGCUUACCCUUGUCAUUCGUUCGCUGUUAGUCAAGUCUGUGGAGCCACAUCAGCAGAAGAUGGAAAUCGUGAAUCACUCAGUCAACUUCCUCACCAUGUUGCCAACCGGGUGUUACGCUGGAUUACUGUUUCAACAAGACGAAGAGGCGUCGUCUCAACCUCUAGAGGCCCAUAGAGAUGCCCAAGUCACGCAGGCCUUGUCUGUGCUUCUAGAUUUUCUCACCUACCAGCUAGACCAGGAUGAUAAAGAUCCCGGUCGGUCGGGGCAACUUCUUACGCCCAUUUUGACGCUGAUUGCCACGGCAUCUAGGGCUAAUCGAACGAUCAGGAAGUACUUUCGCAUCAAGAUCCUUCCACACCUCGGAGCGGACGUGAAACGUCUCCCUGAAUCUGGAUCCACCCUCCGCAACAGGCUUUGCAGUCGACUCACCGCAAAAGGGAAACUUGACGACGGUACCGUGGAGGCGGUAGCAUUCCUUAUCUUCGUCCUCUGUAGAGAAAAGAUCGACCGCGCAGUGAAGUACUCGGGAUUCGGCAACUUCGUGGGCUUCCUAUCACGCCACGGACUGAUGGCUGGAGGUGGUCGUAGGGGUGUGGGCUCCUCCCCCCAGGGCGACUACUCGUCCACCUCGUCGGACUCUGAAACCGAGGCCUACAAGGAGUUGAAGGAUCAAGUGAACCCAGUGACGGGUCGCGUGGAGCCCCCAAGAUGCAACCCGAUGGAGGGCAUGAGCGACGAGCAGAAGGAGUACGAGGUCAUGCAACUGGUCAAUAAGAUCGAUCAGCUGCAGAGGAGCGGCGUCAUCCAGCCUGGAGUUGUGGGUGACGACGGUCGUGUACGUCCGGCUGAGCACGUCUUGGAACUGGUUCAGAAUGUCCCGGACGACGACCAUGGUGACGCCUCUGACGACUCAAAUUAA